UCGACUGGUGCAAGUUGCUGUUUCUGUCUACACCACCAACAGCUGCCCCCUGCCUCUCUUCAUCUCUCUCUCCCUCUUCCAUUGGGGAUGUGAGUGACAGCACAUGUGCUGGGGCACUUGGGAGGGACGCUGCUGAAAUUCUAACCCCUCUACCCCACGACUGUGUGAGACAUACCCCAGCUAUGGACAGGGAGGAGCUGUGAGAGACAGACGCUGGGAGAGGGAAGGAGGGAGACGGACACAGAGAGGGGGAAAAAAGAGAGACUCCAGAGCCGGAGGACAGAGGGAAGGAAAGAGAAGGGGCAGAGUUCAGAGUCUGGCGAGUUUGGCCUUGUUGCCCGGUGGAGCCGGGUUCUCAGUGGAGGAGCCUCAGAUCUUUUUAUCCGCCAGCGGCCCGUUGAUGCUGAGUUUCUGAGAGCAGGUACCGAGGAUGGCGGCGAAGAUGUUGACGGCGUGUCUGCUGGGUGCGCUGCUUUGUCAGGUGUGGAGCUCUGCAGAACGUCAUCACGACAAGGAAGAGCUUCGUCCGCGGGCCCUUCGCCCCUGGAGAAGUCAAGGCACGGGGCUGGUCAGGGUGAAGAGGGACUGGAUCAUCCCUCCAAUCAGAGUGCUGGAGAAUAGCAAGCAGGUUCCCGAAGACCUUGUCCAGAUCAAAUCGGACAAAAUCUUCACAGGUGAGGUGAUCUACAUGUUGGAGGGGCCCGGGGUGGACCAGGAGCCCAAGAAUCUCUUUGAGAUCGACGAUAAAACGGGAGUCAUCAGGAGCAAGCGGCCACUGGACAGAGAGAAACACAACAGUUUCACACUGAAAGCUUUUGCGCUGUCGCCCAGCGGAGAGAGACUAGAGAAUCCCACCACCAUAGAGAUACGGGUGCUGGAUCAGAACGACAACAGACCGGCCUUCACCCAGAGCCAGUUCGUUGGCGCUGUCCCUGAGUUCUCAGUCCCAGGCACAUCAGUGAUGUCAGUUUCAGCCACGGACGCAGACGACCCAAUGACAGAAAACGCUGCUCUGAGCUACUCCAUCAUCGGCCAGGAGAGUAUUCCUGCCAACGCUGUCACCAAGACUAUGUUUGGCAUCAACAACGAGACGGGAGCCAUCUACACGCGAGACGUGGGCCUGGACAGAGAGGUGGUGAAAAGUUUCCGGUUAAAGCUACAGGUCGCUGAUAUGGGCGGCAUGGGACUAACAAGGGAAGGUCUGGCAAUCAUAAAUAUAUCUGACAUCAACAACCACGCCCCACUGUUCAGCCCGGCCUUGUACAGUAUGACAGCGGUGGAGAACAGGAAGGACUACGAGAUCGGCCGUGUGAACGUAACAGACAGGGACGACCGGGGAACUGGAAACUGGGAGGCCAAAUACUUGAUCUCCAAUGAUCCUGGUGGCAACUUCGCCAUCGCCACAGACCCUGCCACCAACCAGGGCGUUCUGUUCGUGGUCAAGCCCCUGGAUUACGAAGCGCAUUUUGAGUAUGUGCUGACUCUAACGGUGGAAAAUGUCAACGCUCUGAGUCACAAGGCUCCCAACCUCCCGGUGAGCACUGCUACGGUGGCGGUCACCGUUGUGAACGAGAACGAGGCUCCACAUUUCCGGGAGGACCCCAUACAGAUCGUGGUCCCCGAGUCGGUGGUGCCUGGGACACUGCUGAAGAGCAACAUUGCCUUUGACCCUGAUAAUUCUGACCUGAGAUAUGAGAUCGGCAGAGAUCCUGAGAGAUGGCUGGACAUCGACAGAGAUACAGGGGACAUUAGGGCCAAGAGAACCUUCAACAUGCGAUCGCCUCACGUUAAAAAACACAUCUACACUGCUGUGGUGAAGGUUACAGACGGUGGUGGUGUGUCAACCACGGCCACGGUUGUCAUCACGCUGAAGGAGACCAACGACUUCGCCCCUCAGCUCUUCCCUCUGAGCGGCUCCGUGUGCAGGGGAGCAGAGCGGACGCGUUCCGGCCUGGUCGUGACCGCGGUGGAUGAGGACCUCCCUCCGCACGCUUCACCCUUCCACUUUGAAAUGUCUGAUUAUCUGUCGGUCAACUGGACUGUUGUUCAAGUCAACGAUACUCACGCUGUGCUCCAGCCCCUCGUGGAGCUGGAGGCAGGGGAGUACGCGGUCACGGUGCGGGUGUCAGACUCCGGCAGCCCGACUCUGAGUGCUUACGCUCAGGUCAACGUCACUGUGUGUCUCUGCGACUCGUUCGGAGACUGUAAGUCUGAGGCCGGGGCCGUCCUAGGCUCCAGUGUGGGAAUCAGCUUCAUCGCGCUCAUUAUCAUCAUGGCCAGUAUUGCACUCCUACUGUUGCUGCUCCUCCUGGCCGUGGCGGUGACCACCUGUGGUAGACGUCACCACAUGAAGAAAGGAGAAGGUCUGCUCGUCGGGGAAUCAGAGGACGACAUCCGAGACAACGUCAUCAACUACGAUGAGCAAGGCGGGGGCGAGGAGGACGAGAACGCCUUUAAUAUCGACAUGCUGUGGAAUCCCCACGAUACACCUUCAACCCCGGGGUCCUACUGCCCGGGGCCUCGAGUUCCUCGAGGCAAGCAGCCCCUCAGGAAGGAUGCCCCGCACAACCUGCCCUCCCCUACCUACCCCCGGAGGCCUCCGGCAGAUCCCACUGACAUCGAGGACUACAUCAACGACGGCCUCGAGGCAGCAGACCACGACCCCAACGUGCCUCCGUAUGACACGGCUCUGAUCUAUGACUACGAGGGUGAGGGCUCGCUGGCCGGCAGCCUCAGCUCCAUCGCUUCAGGCAGCUCUGAUGGAGACCAGGACUACGACUACCUCAACGACUGGGGACCACGCUUUCAGAAACUGGCCAACAUGUUCGACCCGCGCUAAGGCGGACAGAACCCCACAGAAACAAGUGUCACAACCAGUCAAGGGACACACAAAUCAUGCAGCGGGUGUUUUUUCUGGACACAUUUGAAGAGGGUUGGGUUUUUUUGAAAUGCACAAAGGGAAAAUAAAUGCUAUGCAAAACCAUGAGGCUUUAUUUCAGCAUGCCUUGGGGGUUUACUGACGAUAAUUUGGACACGUGUCAAAAUGGCUUGUUGCGAUGUUUUGAGGCCAGUUCAGGAAAAGUGAAUGCGAAUGUAAAAUCACGUGUUGACAAUGAUGAUCCACAAGAAAAAGGAGCUGUGCAUGUUACAGGGCAAACAGAAUGUGUGUUGAAAUGUGUCCAUGUCUGGUUCUGUUUAUCCUCAGACUUUGAUUGCUCAGUGGCGAUGAACAUCAAGCCUGAAAAAUAACAAAAAAAUAUUUUAAAUGUAUUUCUUUUUUAUAUAAGUGAUUAUUUUGUAAGAUGAUUUUGUUUUUCUGUUUUGAUUACAAAUCCUCCAUUCCA